UAGACAUGGAGGAUGGGAAGCCUGAUCUGCUGCUGGUCAAAGAGGAGAAAAUAGAGGACGGACCAGAGAGCAUUGACCUGCUGAGUGGGCUAAAGAUGGGGGACCAAGAUGUUUGGCCAGAGGCUAACAGAGGGGACUGGGCAGUCAUCUUGGAUUCCCAGACCCAGACGGGUGCAGUCAAUGGCCCGGGGGACGACAUCACUGAGCAGGCCAGGACUAGAGGCGACAUAGUGGAGUCUGCAGUCCAUGAAGACCUGAGAAUAUCUGGUGUUGCUGGCAGGAGAGACUGGGCCUCUGAGGUGGCUGGUCACAAACCCUGGCUCCUGAUCAGGACCCUGAAUCAGGAGCCGUCGCUCUUCCUUCCCGAGUCGGAACGGGGACCGAAUCGAGAGGGGCUGAGACUCCACCAAUACACAGAACACAAUCAGUGGACAGGUGGACUGAACAACAGUCCUGGUGGUCAUCAGAGAGACAGAGGCUCCAGUCAGGGAUCCAGUCUGCAGCCUGGGGUUGAUAGAGAUAAACCCUCCUGUUCCUAUGAUACAAACACCACAGUGUCCAUGAUGAACAGAGCAGGUCACCCUGGGCUUCAGCCUUCACAGAGAGUGGUGGGAGACCCCCCCGGUGAUAGUCUAGCAGCAAGUCUGUCUUCUCCUUCAGGAUCUUGUCUAAUGCCUGUUGACUGGGUUCAUAGAAGUCCUGGACCUGGGUCUAGCCUUCCUCAGCUACCUCAUGGUUACCCCACCAAUACAGACAGGGCCAGGAUUGGCGUUCAUCACAAGAGGUACCUAGCCUAUAACACAGCACACAAUCCCAACAACACCCAAACAAUGGCUAGAGUUCAAGGAGGGAGCUCAAACACUAACCCCCUGAGGGUCGUGGCUCCUGCUUCUACCUCCUCUGGUGUCAUUGGGUCACAACGUGGGAGGCCGAGUAUUAGGACGGACGAAGAAAAGCCAUACACCUGCCCCACAUGUGGGAAAUGCUUUGCUAAGGCGACCUAUGUGAGGAAGCACCAGACCAUUCACAUCAAGGAGAAGCCCUUCAAGUGCAAACUAUGUUACAAGAGCUUCUCAUUCCUGAGUUACCUUAUCAGACAUAGGAGUGUCCACAACAGGGAGAAAUCAUAGCAUUGUGUCUUGAGAUGUACACGGGAUAUCUGGAAACAAUUAUUUCGCUGAAAUAUUAUAUUUCACAUGUGAAAUGUCCUGGAGUUUGGGGGAUUACCAAGUCCCUCAGUUGAGAAUCUGGGUAAACUCACAUUCUCACAUGAUACAGACAUGUUGUUUGGUGUGCUGGCAUAGCCAAAACACUGUCAUGUUACUGAAGAGUAACACUAUAUUCCCCCUCUGAAUUUGGUUUUACCUAUGUUCUAUUCAUAAUAAAUAUGUCCCUCUUUUUUUAUAACUGUUAUAAUACCCCCACACACAAUCAGGUUGUACCUGUUCCUUUAUUUACAAAAAAAUAGGUGAUCAAAAUACACCCUCUUUUUAUAACAAGCCAGGUCUGCUGAGAUGAUCAUUUCUUACCAGUCAGUAUCAAAGCCAAUGAUGAAUUUUCAAAAUGCCGCUUUACCCAUGUGUGUUCUGGCUUUGGCCCAACCCAUCAGUUUCUGGGGCCAAUCAGAAUAGUUAGAAUGUGUUUGCGUUUUAGUAAUUGUCAGGGAGGUACUCAGAUCCAGACUCAUUGUGGAGCGUUUGGCAUAGCGUUUGGCCGAGUUUGGGUAGCCAGGCAAAGCAAGUCACACUCAAAGUUAGCUGUAUUUAUACUGACGUACGUCACCAUGUCAGUAGCCUGAAGGCUUAAGGUCUUGUGAUGACUGGGGUAAAAUAUUAAACAUGAACGAAUGUGCACCUGUACUUGAGAUUGCAGAGUGACUGGAUGGCUCUUCAAACUGUUUAGGAUGGUAAUUAACCACAUGCCCCUCAUUAACCCUUUGUUAACUUGUCAUUUGAAAUGGGUUUGUGUGAACUGUUUUCAGAGACAGUAAUCUCAGGCUAGAACAAGGACAGUUUAAUAGUUACCUUACUGAGGUGAUGUAGAUGGAAUAAAGUAAUAACAUUUGUGUUCUACUAUGUUCUUGCUAACACACUGUUAUUUCUAAACAAUUCUGCUCUGAGCUUGAAAGAUACUGUAGUUAUCAUGAAGAGGAUUUUUUUAUUUUAUUAUUAGGAUCCCCAUUAGCCAACACCAAUGGUGAAAGCUAGUCUUACCGGGGUCCAACACAACGAAAUAGACAUUACAGACAAAAUACAAUUUGCGUGCGUGCAUUAAUCAGUUACACACGUCAAUACAUCCACACAACAGGUAGGUGACAUGGGGGAGAGGCGUUGUGUCGUGAGGUGUUGAUUUAUUCGUUUUUUGAUAACCAGGUUUGCUGUUCACUUGCGCUGUAUGAAAUUGAAUGGAGUUCCAUG